AUGCCAUUCAUAAAGAACAACAAGACCAUGACUACUAUAGUAGAUAAGUCAGGAGUACAUACUCACAUGCUGUUUCAAAUGGGCUUAUUUCCAGCAUCAUUCUUGGAACCAAAGACAGCAUUCUCAUUUGAUGUCUUGGAUGACUUUUUGCUCGAUAACCUGGAGUGCGGGAAAUUGGCGAUGAAUUAUUACAGCAAGUUAAGGAGGAUGACAACAAGGGUCUUCGCUCACUUAGUGCCGGAUCGGUACCGAGAGCUGAUGAGGGUGAUGAGACAAUGGCGGAAGUUGAAGCUACUGAAAUGGAAUGACUUCGGCCAUGAGGACAAAGAGGUCACGCCCGGCAAUCUUGCUCUGUUCUGUCCAGCAUGUCCCCAGCCAGGCAUCAAUGUCACAUUGCCUACAGGAGAUGAUGCCGAGGGCCUAAAUGGGUGGCUUUAUUCAAGAUCUUUAGUCAUGGACGGAAACUUCAAAGCGGAGCAUCUCCAUGCUGCAAAUCUGUCCGAUGAAGUCUCACUCAUGGACGGCCGUGGCUUCAUGGUCAGCGAUCACAUAUACAAGGAGCACCUGUCCCUUGCCAAAGAAGCCGUUCAACGCUCCGAGUGUAACAAUCAUCGCGCUCUCAAUCAAGCAAAUGCAACAUGCCACAGACUGGAAGCCACAGGCAUUGGCGGGUGUGCUUGUGCAAGGCAUGGCUGUUUUUGUCCCUCAUGCCACAGUAGAUUUUCAGAAGGGAGAAAGGUGUGUUAA